GAUUGCACGAGAAUUAGAGAAUCCUUUCAGUUUUGCGAUCUAUCGAUUUCUUCUAGAUUUAAAAAUGGCGUCGAGUGUCAUGCGGUUAUGUGCAUCGAGAUUCGAGAUUUGGUUGGCAACCUGAAAGUAGAGAACAUGGUAAAACACGUGUGGUAUUGAGCGUGAGAAGCAUACCUUCAUCACGAACUUUAGAAUACAAUAUCAAUCCACUCUGAUGAAAGUUUGUGGAAUACUGUGAAAUAUUGUGGAAUCAAGAGGUGGAAAAUAGAAGAAAGAGAGAGAAAAUCGUAUUACGUUCAAAUAUUUUAAAAUAAGAGCACAUUUGUAUAUACUUUAGGAACAAAUUAAAGAUCAUCCAUUGAACAUGGCUUCGAACAAAUCAUUCAAUUCAAACAAUAUUCAAGUAAAGAUAGAGCCCGAUACAUCUGCUUCGUCGAUGCCGUCGACAUCGUCAAUGUCAACAUCUUCAACAUCGUUGACACCCCUUUCAGAAAGAGUAUCAAGCAUUAAAAUGGAGCCAGGGUUACCCACAACUACACAGAGGCUGACAUCUUUUCGGUUACCACGAGACCUGACAUUAGGUGGAAACAUUAAGACGGAGAAGCCAAAGAAAGUGUAUACGCCAAAUCUUAAUGUACAAAGAAAUAAAAAGAAGGACGAUCCAGCAACUAAGAAUGAACCUGUGAAGUCAAGGCAUAGUGACCGUGGAAGAGACCGAGGGAGAGGAGAUAGAGGACGUGGAAAAGGGGACAGAGGAAAUAUAAUACAGUCUGUUGGUGUAUGGUCAGAAGGAAUAUACUCAGCACCUAGCAUUAGUAGAAGGUCCGAAGGUACUUCCAAAUCUAGUAAUACAGCAAAUGCCGCAAAAUAUUUAGAGAAACCUAAAUUUGAUAUAAAAAAGACUACUGAUAAAACGGAAAAAGAAAAGAAAUUAGAACACCUAUUAACAUUUGAUUUUAUUGAUGAUGGCCCUGAUAUUGAGAACAAAAUAAAGCCUCUUAUAUUACCAAGAAUUAAAAAGGAUAUUUAUGAAAAAAUUGAUUAUAAAAUUGAUAGGAAACCAGUCAUUUCGGAAAAUGGUGAAAUCAUAAAUGUAGAAAAAGGAAAGAAAGGCCUUCAGGAUCAAAAGGAAGAGCUUACCAUUUCUCAAAUAAUUGAAAACAAAACUAAUUCUUAUACAUUAAUACAGUUUCCAGAAUCUUUGCCAGGUAUGGAAUCUAGUAGAGAAGAACCAGGAUCAAAGCAACCAAAUACUUCUAAUGAUUCAAAUACUUCUAGUGAAAGUGAUGAUAAAACAAAAACCGAACGUUGUAUUUUAAACAAUUUAAAAAGUGGUCCUAUAGGUAAACUUGAAAUUUUUAAAUCGGGCAAAGCAAGAUUACGUUUUGGCGAAAUAAGUUUUUUCGUCGAUAUUGGAUCACAACAACGUUUCCAACAGGAUCUUUUAGCUGUAAAAAUAGACUCCGAAUCUUCAAGCGGCGAUCUUGUCAAUCUUGGUCCAAUAAAUAAUAAGUUAAUUUGUUCACCAGAUUUCGAAUCUAUGUUGAAUGAUUCUUAAAUUCUUCAAAUGCAUAUUUUUAAUAAAACAUUUAUAUAAAGGGAUGUCGAGCUGUAGGAGAUUUGUGAACAACACAACGUAUUAUAAUUCUCAAUAUUUCUAUAUUUUUUUUAAUACUAGUAAAUUAUGUAAAUUAUUAAAUAAAUUAUAUUACGUCUGCAAAUUCGGUAUGGCGAUUCUGAUGUCUAGGAGAAAUUAGGAGUCACUGUAAAAUAGAAACGAUUAUAUCAUUCGGGAGCACACAGUUUUUAUAAGUGGGUUUUCGCUUGUUGUUCGACUUGUACACACAAAUGUUGCUGUAAUAUUAUCACUCAAAUAUACUAUUUAUUAUUUUC